UAGUAGCAAGAUCGCGAUACAGGACAUUAGCAUUUAGCAGCAAGCUGAGUUAGCUAGCUAGCUAGGUUAGUGAGCGCAGUUAGCUAACGGCCUGGCUACACGCCAAAUAGCUAGCUAUUUAUAUGUUGGUAGAGGAAACAUUAUAACCAUUUUUUGCAACAUAUUACAACUAGGUUGGAUAACUGUAUUAAUUUUGUGGUUUGCAAUUGUGAAGCCAGAGAUUUAUACCGGCAGUCAAACAAAGCAACAUGGAUUUUUUCUUCGACGACCUGCCAUCCACUUCUCAGUCUACUCCCCAGAGCGGACAUGAAGAUUCACAGCUGACAGAAGACAUGGACCCAGAUUCAUCAAGAGGGAAGUCUUCAAACACAAGCAUGACUGACACUCAAGGGCAGCACACCUGCUCCAAUAUAGAUGACAUCAGCAGGAGAGUACAGGAACUUGUGGAAAAGAUAAACGACAACCGCACCAGUGACCAGAAAGUGAUGGACAGCUUCCAGGAGAAGUUAGUGCAGAAGGUGACAGAGAUGUGUCGGCAAAUGAAAGAGCACAUGUACACAGUCUAUGAAGAGAACAGUAAUGAGAUGCAGGUGAAGCUGCAGGUGUUGUCUGAGGUGCUGGAGAGCUGCACUAAGCUCAACAGUGAGCUGAUAGAGGCCAACCAGGCGCUGGCAAGUCUCAGAGGGGGCCUGGCCAUUAACCAGACAUCAGAACCCUGACAAACUAGCUAAUGUCCAUAUUGUAUUUGAACUAGUUUUGAACUACCGGUAGUUUGUAUUCUUUUGUUUAUUAUGUUGAGUAUUCAGAAUAGUUGACUUAAAUAGGAUUACGACUUUUGGUUUCCUUUCUGUUCUUCCUCCUUUUUCAAGAAUAGACUGUAGACUACUCCUAGGUUUUUAGGCCAGUUAGUUGAGGUUACAGCUCAUGAUUGCAGUCUCAGAAAA